UUUCCGUGUGCCAAAGCUAGCCCAGCUAGCAGCAAGCUCAAACACACACAAAGUCCUUUCCGCUGUGUUCUUUCAGCUGAACUGAAACUCCGCCGCAAUGAAACCCGCCGUGGACGAGAUGUUCCCCGAAGGAGCCGGACCCUACGUGGACCUGGACGAGGCAGGGGGCAGCAGCGGGCUGCUGAUGGACCUGGCAGCCAAUGAGAAAGCGGUGCACUCUGAUUUCUUUAAUGACUUUGAGGAUCUGUUCGAUGACGACGACCUGCAGUGACGUCCUGCGUGUUCCUGUCACCGUGUACACACAUAUCGUGGAAAUGGGCUUAUUCUGACUACGGGUUCUCUCUUAUUUGUACAGCCCCCCCCCCUUCAACCCCCAUCCUACAUGAGUUCCACCAUCUUAAUGGAAUAAAGAUUUUCCUUCUGUUUUUACAACUAAAAAAA